UUUGGUGCGUCCUCCACCAAGCCGACACCGUGUCCCACAUACGAAUAGCAUUGGCGGAGCCGAACUGGGCAUCGAUCGUGAUCGGACAAGAACAUCAAGCUUUCUAAUUACGUACGCUGCGUAUUUUAGCACAUGACCCUUCUUUUUCAUCUCGACUCAUCUUCUCCCCAGAUGAGCCAAACUAGCGGCUCUCCUAUUCUCUCUUAUUGCCAUCACCAAAACCCUAGAAGUAGUCCAAAUGAGUGCCCUGUUACAAAUAACAAGCAACCGAACAGAUAAUAAAUAAAUUAGGGUUCUUCAAAAGUCAAAACUAGAAAUUUGACUUCUUGAAAGCAAAAGGCAACGAUCUUUGGGUUGGUUUCUGUGUUUGGUUUGCAUUUACGGAGAGUUAGGGUUCUGGAAGGCCAGAAAGAUGGGAUCUUUAGGAUAAGGAAUUAGGGCCCUCUGAUUGUUUGCUUCUUCUUUUUUGACUCAGCAGAAAGGAGCAAUAAGUUCGCGAAGACAAUAAAUUAUGGUUGCUGAGAGCGGAAAAUAAUUUGUUUUGGGCUUUCUUGGUUGUUGUUAUUGGUCCUCAAUUUUGUGGAAAUGGACGACACAGAGGACGAUGCGAGGUAUCCUCCAAAUCCUUAUCCUGGAAAUCAUCAUCAGAGCUACGGUUCUUCGCACCGCCCGAAACUCCCGGUGCGAAACGCCUCUUAUCCACAGACUGUUGGUAAUGAAUAUGGUGAUGAAGACGAAGAGGAAGAAGAAGAGGAGGAAGAGGAAGAAGAGGAGGAAGAGGAGGAAGAGGAAGAAGCAGGUGUGCAGCGGGUUACGGAAGAGGCAGAAGAAGAUGAAGAUGAAGAGGAGGAAGAUGACGAUGACGAGGACGAUGAUGAUGGUGGCAAUUAUCGUAGGAGGAUUGAGGUCGACGAAGAAUCUGAGAGGCACAGAAAGAAGCGAAAACUUAAGAAUUUGGGUUAUGAGUUUGCCCCCAGGAUAGCAGCGCCAUCUGCUGCUGCUGCUGCUCCAAAACCAUCCUUUGGUGGCCGGAAUUCCCCAGCUGAUUGGACAGAACAUGCGACCUUUGUUUUACUAGAUGCUUGGGGUGAUCGAUUUCUUCAGCUUGGAAGAAAGAGUCUUCGAUCUGAUGAAUGGCAUGAAGUUGCAAAUAAGGUCUCUGAAGAGUCAAAUACAAUUAGGACAGAUACUCAAUGUCGCAAUCGUUUGGAUACAUUGAAGAAGAAAUACAAAAAGGAGAAGAUGAAGUUAGCUGAGACCGGUAAUACAACCAGUAAAUGGGUUUAUUUUAAGAAAAUGGAUAUGCUCAUGACAUCAUCAGCACGUCAACCUGGAUUGUCAUGUGGACUGGAUUCAGGUGAGUAUGUCUUUAUGAACCCCAGAGUUUAUCUGAAUCGUGCCAAUGGGUUGGAUGAGAUGAGGGACAGCCCUGGGAAUUCAGAAUCAUCAGAGGGUGACGAGGAUGAUUCAGAUGGCCUUCCACCUAAUAGACCAAGAUUUGGAGAUGAUACUGGAGGAAGUUCUUCCUUUAGGUUGCUUGCUGAUUCUAUUCAGAAAUUUGGGGAGAUUUAUGAGAAGAUUGAGAAUAGUAAGAGGCAGCAGAUGCUAGAAUUGGAAAAAAUGAGGAUGGAAUUCCAUAGAGAUUUGGAAUUGCAGAAGAGGCAGAUCUUAGAGAGGGCACAGGCUGAGAUUGCAAAAAUACGGCAGGGUGAUCGUGAUGAUGACGAUGAAGAUGACAUUGAUGUCUCUACUGAGAACAUUAGUGGGUGAUUAGAUACUGGUUGAAACGAGAGAGAUGAUGCCUGAACCAGAGCCAAUUCUGCAAAAGAAAAAUCUUUGGACUCAACACGCAGAAAUGGAUAGAAUAUCAACUUUAAGCAGGCAGUGGGAGCACCGAAGCAGUUCCAGUGCAGAUGCUUUGAGCAGUUUUAUGUAAUGUAAUCGGCUUUGAAGCCUUGUACUAAACAAAUUUGUAUGCUUUGGGCAAUUUUAUGCUUUGGAAUGAUGGAUGGUCCAUGAACCUACAUUGUUAUUUAUGUUGGCUGUUCACAUUUGUAUACUCUUCACUUAUCUUGGCUUGUUCCAAUGUAAGUGAUGUUUUUGGUAUUCAUGGUUGAGUUGCUGUCUUGCUGA